AUGGCAGAGAGCGAUUCUCCCAUCUCAACCCACUUGGACCUCCCGGAAUCCCCCUCUCAAAUCAUCGGCAGGCGUAGAAACCGCCUUGUGAACAUUAUCAAGCAGAACAACCUCCCUCAACUCCGUCAAUUCAUUGCCUCAUACUCUCCCGAGGAUGUGAUUGCCCCUGGGACACCCUACUUGGAGGAUACCUUGUUCAAUGCAGCCUCGUACGGCAGCCCCGAGGCUCUUCACAUCCUUUUGGAGGUGUACACUGCGGCUCCAGAAACUGUCAAGAGGUUCAAUCCCAAGUUCUGUUUGCUGCUCGAUGCAUGUGGUGCGGCAAAUAUUGAUGUGGUGCGCUUCAUCUUGGACAGCCAUGACAGUUCAGAAAAUCGGUUACCGCUCGGGACGGUGGAUUUGCAUCAGAGAGAUGAUUCGGGAGAUACGCCGAUCCUCGCGGCUACGGGAUCGCUGAUGUAUCUUGACAAAGACGCAGAUGAAGUAGAAGAUAAGGGUCUUCAUUGGAAUGAGUGGUUUCGAAAUCGGAUUGCGCGAAGCCAUCAGUUGAUUAAUUUCCUUCUCGAUCGGGGCUGUUCAGCGACAGAUGUCAUUCGCCCUUUGUCAAAUGAUCUCUCUCCUUGGGGAAGUCAGGUGCAAGACAGUGUGCUUGGGCUUGCUGUGUCAAGGGCUAAUGGCUCAUUAAUCCAACGGCUCAUUGAUUCCGGUGCCGAUAUUUAUCUGAAGCAUCAACACUUCCAUCAUGCCAAGGUACCGCUCCAGUCCAGGGCCACAAAGGCUCACACGCAUGAUGUCACGACGCUUCACCUGGCAAGUUUAUUCUAUAAUACUGAUGCUGUUAGAUUGCUCUUGGAUCAUCAAAACUCCAAGAACAAUGCCAACCCUGGGCUGGCUACCUCCUGUGACAGUGAUGGGCGACUCCCACUACACUGGGCAGCUAGCGGUCCCGGAGACUUCAACUGUAAACUCCAGGACAAGCAGCUCAGAAUCACAGAGACCCUUCGGCUGCUCCUCGACCAUGAUUCUACUGGUGUCAACCUUGUUGACAACACUGGAUCUACGCCGCUACACUAUGCUGCUAUAAGCUACGCUGUGUGCGGUUGCAGCCAGUACGCCGAGCUUGCUAUCCGCACUUUGCUCGAAUACAGGGCUGACCCUCGGAUCCCCGAUAAGUCGGGCUGUACCAUCCUACAUUUAUUAGGGUACCACUCCCAUCAAGGUGACCCAAUCAACACCACGAUCCUAGACUUAAUCCUAUCUCACGGUGCCAAUAUAAAUCAUACCGAGAACAACGGGAAAACAGCAUUGCACGUCUUUGCUCAGAAUUUGCGACAGGUACCAGCGGCAAAGUUUUUAAUUGAGCACGGGGCGGAUUUCCGGGUUCAGAAUACUCUCCGGGAGACGCCCUUUCAUGCAGCAGCGCGGGGAAUUUUGAAUGAUCAUGUACGCCGUGAGGGGAGAGAUAAGGAAGUAACAACUGCGAACAAGAUCAGACUUCAGGAUGAGAUGAUGCUUGCUCUGAAGGAUGCUGCCGGGGAAGAUACAGCUAUGUUGACGAGCCAACCAAAUGCGGAGGGUAAAACUCCGCAGAACCUAUUGGAGGAGACCAGAAAUAGGUGGCAGGGAACAGCGCAGCCCAUACCCGGCUCUGGAAGAGGCAGAGGUAGAGGUAGAGGGCAGCCAGUAGGAGCAGAUUACAAUUGA